AUGGCCGCGACCACCUCUGGAGAUGGCCUCAAGGUCCUCUUCGACUUUUUCGCUCGCUUUCCCGAGAUUCCGAUCCACGAACGCACCAGGCGUGUCAUUGCUGAAGGUCCUACCCUCCUCACCGGUGCCGAGAAGGCCGACAAAGAACGUCCCGCCCAGCUCAAGAACUGCUGCGACUGCAUCGACGUCUUUGAACCCAACUAUGAGCUCCUCGCCGACCCAAACACGCCCCACCACCUAAAGCCAGACGUCUAUGCCAUGGACCUCGAGAUUGCCCAGAUCGAGGCGUUUGUCAACGGCUACACGACCCUGGCCGAGAUGGAGAGGUGUUUCAUCGAUUUCAUCCACGCUGUCCACGUUUCUCGCGCCACCCUCGCUGUACACGGAAACCCCACCGUCCUCGCGCGCGACGUUACGGCUGCGAUGGACCUCGCCGCACGCGCGCUCACGACCAUCACCCCUGCCAAAGCGUCUGUCGAGGCUCUCGAAAAGGAGCUCAACACCAAGGCUGAGAGGCUCUACCGCCGCAUGCAGGAGAUGGCUUCCAAGAAGACUGUGUGA